AUGGCAUUAAGACAUACACUUAUCCUUGCCUUAGCUCUGUGUUCAAACUACAUGAGCGUAAGUCAAGCAGAGUUAUUUCGAGGUGAGUUUUCAAAGGAUUUUAUAUGGGGUUGCGCAAGCUCAGCAUAUCAGAUUGAAGGUGCUUGGAAUGCUGAUGGUAAGGGUGUCAACAUUUGGGACACGUUUUCUCAUACACCGGGAAAAGUAUGGGGAAAUCAUAAUGGAGACGUUGCCUGCGAUAGUUAUCACAAGUACAAGCAGGAUGUAAAGCUUCUCAAGUCUUUAGGUAAGUACUAGUGUUAGCUUAUUUAUUACAGUACAUCCAGGCAUAUAUAGGACUUGGAGCCAGGUAAUUCAUGCAGAUUUUAUGCGGGCUGACUCGAAAUAGAAUGGAUCUGUCUUAAAGGUUGUUCUAACUAGGAAAAAGCAACGUCUCCAACUGUCUGUUAUCAAUUAAUAGAUCUCAGUGUGCAAGCCCAGGCGGGUAAAUAACCUGUAAAUACUUCUAAAAAUUUGAUUGGAAAUCAUUAGUGGGACUCAAUGUUGUUCAAGGGCAAAUUCCUAAUAAUUUAUUUUGGCGAAGAAACUCAAAAGAAUAUGAGAAAAGUAAUUAAACAAAGAUAUGUAGAAAAUGAAUAUGCUUGGUAACAAUGCGAAGUUACUUCGUACUUGGUUAAAUUAUUUCAAAGACCUAAUUUGGAACCGUGCUUAACCUUGCACAGCCCCAUGUUUUUCACAGGUGUAUGCCAGCUAGGUAAUUCAUGGAGAUUUUAUUUGUAAUUAUUUGAUGCAGGCUGACUCGAAGUAUAAUGGGGCUGUCUUAAUUAUAAAGGUUGUUCUAGCUAGGAGGAAGAAGCAGCGUCACCAAGUUCUGUUAUCAUGCAAUUAACAGAUCUUAGUGUGCAAGCGCAGGCCGGUAAACAAUCUGUAAUGUAAUUGUAAAAAUUUGUUUGGAAAUUAUUAGUGGGGCUUAAUGUUGUUCAAGGGAAAAUUUUUGCGAAACGAAACUUAAAAGAAUACGAGAAAAGUAAUUAAACAAAGAUAUGUAGAAAAUGAAUAUACUUGGUUAAACAUUACUUCAAAGACCCAAUUUGGAAACGGGCUUAACAUUCCAUAGCUCCAUGUUUUUACACCGUAACAGUAUUGUCCCGACUCGCCAGGACCAGUGCUGCCGUGCAUGCUUAUUGAGAAUUCAUGCUGCUCUGAAGUGUCGUGUAAUCGGAGUAAAUUGACUACAUAUUCUUUCAAAGUUUGAGCGAUAAUAGUUGAUUGUUCCUGACGGGAUUUUAUGGAUAUGGAAGCCCUUAUGGUUUUUAUAUGCGCAUUUGAUCAUAUACCAUAACAUGGUAAUUUGCGCAAUAUAAAUAUUAAAUAUUAUUAUUAUUAUUAUUAAUAUUAUUAUUAUUAUUAUUAUUAUUAUUAUUAUUAUUAUUAUUUAAUAUAGUCAUUGAUAACAAAAGAAUUAUUGUAUAUAAUGAAAUGAUGAAUAAAGUUGUAUUAUUAUUAAAUUUAAAAAAAAAAUAUAUAUAUAUAUAUUAUUAUUAUUAUUAGGUCCAAAAUGUAUGUAGAUCUGCCUGGAUUUAUUAGCCCAUCUGUCAUCACUGGUGACGAGUUACGACCAGACCUUCUAAUGACAAUUGAAAAUAAGAUUUUGUACAUUCUUGAAUUAAUUAUAUUUGAUCAUAUACUAUAACAUGGUAAUUUGCGCAAUAAUAAUAUUAAAUAUUAUUAUUUUUAUUAUUAAUAUUAUUAUUAUUAUUAUUAUUAUUAUUAUUAUUAUUAUUUAAUAUAGUCAUUGAUAACAAAAGAAUUAUUGUAUAUAAUGAAAUGAUGAAUAAAGUUGUAUUAUUAUUAAAUUUAAAAAAAAAAUAUAUAUAUAUAUAUUAUUAUUAUUAUUAGGUCCAAAAUGUAUGUAGAUCUGCCUGGAUUUAUUAGCCCAUCUGUCAUCACUGGUGACGAGUUACGACCAGACCUUCUAAUGACAAUUGAAAAUAAGAUUUUGUACAUUCUUGAAUUAAUUAUAUUUGAUCAUAUACUAUAACAUGGUAAUUUGCGCAAUAAUAAUAUUAAAUAUUAUUAUUUUUAUUAUUAAUAUUAUUAUUAUUAUUAUUAUUAUUAUUAUUAUUAUUAUUUAAUAUAGUCAUUGAUAACAAAAGAAUUAUUGUAUAUAAUGAAAUGAUGAAUAAAGUUGUAUUAUUAUUAAAUUUAAAAAAUAAAAAAUAAAAAAAAAUUAUUAUUAUUAUUAUUAGGUCCAAAAUGUAUGUAGAUCUGCCUGGAUUUAUUAGCCCAUCUGUCAUCACUG